UCAUUCAGUUGGAGAAAGCUUAUUGACAUUCCUCCUCUGAUUGGCUGAGGGUCAGGGUUAGUUGCGAAAUCUUUCAUGUGAUGAAAGUGCAAGGACCAUUGUGUGUUUUACUGUCUAGCGUCKGAAACAUGUCGACGAAGGCUGUAACUCUGAGCCUGUUAUUCAAACAGGACAUGGAAAAGGCUUAUUUGUUCCCUGUAUUUCCUUCUUCUUCCCUGUCAAAUUCCAAGUAUUUAAACAAAGACAAGUAUCUUCUGUAUGAUUUUCCACCUUUCUCUAAAAUGUUCAGAGACAUUGUUUAUCCACAAGCUCUGUCUUGUACAACUGGCAUUGAAAUCCCUGUUCUAACCGACUAUCCACCACCAGACUUCCUGAAAGAACACUGGAAGACAUGGCUGCCUGUUUUCCCUCUUCCCAAUUUCAUCAGCACAGACGAGGGGCUUAAAGAAGAUGGCAUUCCUAUCAUUACCUUUGGUGCAUUUCAAGAUAUUCCRAAGUCAAAACACARCGUUGAYCCYGAUGYCUUGCAGUUUGUACAGCURAAAAGUUCAAUCCCUGCAAUAGGCGUUCCUCAUCCCCGUCACAUGGAUGAAGAUAACGUGGAGUUUCCAUGUGUUGUCAAAGUUGAUCUUAGCUAUCUAGGAAAAGGAACCUUUGUAGCAAAGAGCAGAGAGGAUUUGACAGCUCUUGUUAAAAAKAUCCGUGAGGUGAAUGGCUGGAGUAAAAAGAUCAUUUAUCAGGAACUUAUAGAAGAUAUCAACAGAAUAACAAGUCAUCUCUUUUACUUAACAAAAACAUGUGAAUUAGAAUGGCUUGGUUCUAAUCAUAGCUUUUUUGAUGGCCUGAACUUCAGCAGUUUGAUCGUGGACUGGGACGAGCAAGAGAAAGAGAAAAGACUUGUCUAUGACGAGUUCGCGAUUCCCAUUGCACAGUUUCUUCACCGAAAUGGAUACUUUGGCAUAGUGAACUUUGAGAUCAUUGAGAAUGAUCGUGGACGGUAUCUUUUUGAUCUCAAUCCACGUCUUUCUGGAGAA